AUGGCUUGUUGUGGAGAUUGCAGUUGUGAUUUUCCGGCAUGCAUGAACAACAAGACGUGCUGUCCUGAUAUAUUGUUUAAUCAUAUCAAUAUAUUAAAUAUCACUUCUACUAUUGAAGAAGUACCACGACGUGUUACAGGACAAGUGAUACAAAAGGACUGUAUCGCGUUAUACCUUUCAAAAUAUUUUAUCUCAAGUAAAAGCAGCGUCUUCGCCUAUGCCACAUGCCCUUCUGACACCGAGGCUGAACUUGUGAGAAACUGUACAAGAUCAUAUAACGUUUUUGAUUUAAUAUCUUUAUCAGACCUGAUACCAGUAAGAAGUACAUGGAGCGGCGAUUUAUACAGAAAUAGGUAUUGCGCACUUUGUCAUGGAGAGCGUGUUGGACAGUUAGAAACUUUAGAUUUGAAACUUCAGUGCUCGGAAUCUACUGUCCUCAGUACUGACAGAGACAUCUUGCAUGCUGUUUACGUACAUGGUAUAUGUGAUAUUGGGUUCUUGUCCGAAUACAAUUUUGAUGCUUGUGAAACUGCAAGGUCUGGUUGCAAUAUAACAGGAACUUUUGAAGACAUAAUGUGUUCUAUGUAUAGAUCAGUGAUCAAAAUUGGCGAUGUACCUUAUCAAAACGCAUUUUGUGCUAUUUGUAAUCAAAUUUUUCCUGACGACUUAACAUGUGCAUUCAACAGAAUACAUGACGGAGUCAAUGACUUUUCAUUUUCUGGCCUUUUAAAACUUGACAAUAGAGAUGUGUUGGGGAAUGACAUAGAAGGAACAAAUAAGUGUUCAGCGAACCAACUGUAUGAUUAUAUCAUGGACUCAUGCAAAGACAUGACAUGUUCAGCGAUUUCGGUAUUACAGCAUGGCAUAUGUGUUGAUGUAUUUGAACAACUGCAAAAGAUUACUUACACAACAUUCCUUCGUUUAACACCUGCCAGUCAUUUACCUAUUACUGACGCAUUUGCCGUCGCCGAUCACGUGAUUAGUAACGUAGGAGGAAUUCUCGAUGGAAGCACUCUUUGUAGCGUGCAGAUGUUGUAUAAAACUGACAUGGUUUUCAACGAAAGUGAUCUUUCUGGCGUCGAAAAUUCCAGUUUACUUUAUUUUGAUACAAGAUUUCAGUUCCAGGUAGAAAAUUACCAUGAUCCAAGCUACAUCGUAGAAAAAAUAAUAAAUCUUCAUAACUCGAUGCAGAAAGUAUGGAUGAAAACUAAGAAUCAAAGUGUAAUAUUCAAAAUUCAAAUACGGGACGUUAACCCAAGAACGUUUGAUAUGAUAGACUUUUUAUCUCGUUCAGAGGAAAUCAAUGAUGCGUUUUAUCUUAGUUCUGAAGACGCUGAAGAACUAAAUAUAACAUAUUUGAUUCAAAAUCACAUUGCCUUUGAGAAUGAUAACCUUGCUAUAUUUCCCCAUCUAUGGAGUUAUGAUGCAGUUGGUUUCUGUGAUAUUCGUGGUAAAGACUUUAAGAUAUUUAGGCUUACUACCUGUCCAAAGGUAAAUAUUUCAAAACUGGACUUGCCUUGGAAGAAAGACACGGACGGGGUUUCUAUGCUCAAAGGCGAUUUCGUGAUAGAUAGUAGUGAAUAUGGCUUCGUUGAUGAGGAUCACAUUAUUGUAUGUGCGGACAAGUACAAGCAAUAUAUGGUCCAUGUAUUGCAGUUAAAACAAAAGGAACAAAUUUCAAUGGAAUCUAUCAUUUCAAUUAUUUGUUCUUUACUAUCCAUCCUGGCCCUUUGUUUUACAUUUUUCGUAUUUUGCUUCUUCCCUAAACUCAGAGAGACGAUUCCGGGCAAGAACAACAUGUCAUUGAUAUUUACUUUGUUGCUUGCACAGAGUUUAUACUUAGUUGGCAGUUUCAGUGGUUUAAGAAGGAAAUCUACAGAAUGCGUUGUCUUGGGUAUAUUGAUACAUUUCUCCUGGUUAGUCGCUUUGUUUUGGAUGAAUAUUUGCACGUUUCAUAUGUUCCGCGUUCUUGCAAGAACAAAAGUCAUAUCUCACUCGUCCGGAAUCAGAAAAAUGAUAAUAUACCAUCUUUACGCUCAGUUAAUGGCCGCUAUGUUUGUUUCAAUAAAUAUCGGCUUGUCGUACACCAAAAGCGGUGACUUAGGCUAUGGUCGGGUCACGUGUUAUAUAUCAUCACAAGAGAUGAUUAUAUACACGUUUGGUAUACCUGCGGGUUUAAUAGUAUUGUCUAACGUGUGUAUGUUUAUAUUUGUAGUAAUCAAAAUCAAGCGAUCCCCUUCAGUGCAAAAGUCCGUGCAAAACGAACGCAAUGAUAUAAUUGUUUUUGUUAAACUAUCAACCAUUACCGGAGCUACAUGGGUCUUUGGUUUGCUGUAUAUAUGGACAAAUCUUACCACAAUGUCCUAUAUUUUCAUAGUACUGAACGCCAGUCAAGGUGUUUUUAUCAUGUUUGCUUUUGUUAUCAAUAAGCGGGUCUUUGAUUUAUUUAAGAACAAACUCUGGGGCUUGGAUUUCACUUCUUCAGAAGGGGGAAAUCUUACAUCAAAAAGUACUAUGUAUACAACAAAACCAUGAUCAAUAUUAACUUUCAGACAUACAGUCGGACUUCUUUCACUCGAACUCGAAUAAUUUGAAAAUCCUCCUUUUCAGGUCCCGGCAAAAUCCAUAUAUAAAGUAUAAUUUUCGAUGGCUCAAACUACCGAUAACACAAACAACUUUUGCCUGUCCGGCUGAGCUUGUCGAGCGAACAAAGUAUGAUUGUUUUUUCGAAUCAUGAACUUAUAGUAAAAGUUCUGAUCCUUUCCUUAAAAAUAGUGUACAACACUUUGAUCAGUUCAUAAACAUGUAAUAACGUGUAUGUUAUACGUCUAAGAUGUGACUGAAUUAAAAUUCUGAAGUAUUCCUUCUUCUAUCUUCUUCUUCUUCUUUUUCUUCUUCUUCUUCUUCUUCUUCGUUCGCCCUACACUGUGGUUUGCCGCAGAU